GAGAGAGAGAGAGAGAAUGAAAGAGAGAGAAAGCUAGCGAGUAAAAAAAAAAGGAAGGAUUACUCGAAGAACACGAUCUCGUUUUUUCAAAAAAGUAGACGUCAAGGUCGAGACAUUUUUUACGAUCCGUUUAUUAAGUUCUAACAAUGGGAGUUCCAUCGUCCGCAAGUACAGAAGUUAACAUAUUGAACGAGAUUUAUUAUUUAAAAAGUCAGAUAGAGCAAUACAGACAAAAGACACAAAUAAUUUUGCAGUCCAGUGAAAAGACUAAUUGUUCCAACAGAAAAUUUAAAUUUAUAAAGCCGAACAUUCAGUCAGAUUCAAAGAACCUGAUUUGCGAUUCUCCUUUGAACUCCAAAAUGUUACCUGAGUGUUCAACUAAAAAUGUACAUGUAAAAUCAAGUUUUACAAAUGUUCAUGUUAAUCCAAAUUUUAAACCACAAAAACCAACGGUGCAUAUCAAUCCAAAUAUCCAUGCCAAACCUUUAAUACAUGUUAAUCCAAAAAUGAUGCAUGAUAUUUCUAAUCAAAAUCUACAAAAUAACAUAAACAUGACAACAGCAACUUAUACAACAAAAACAAAUGUAAAUAAUACAGGGCAAGCAAAUGUUAAGAGGUCUGUGUAUGUUAAUCCAACAUUAUUGAAGAAAUUAUCUUCUUCCAAGGAAAAAUCAAAUUUUAAAGAAUCAGUUACAACAGAACAACCUGUUUAUUCGAGAUUGAAACUUGUAAAAAAUAUUGAUAAUCGAAAGAUUUCUCCUAAGAAGAUUAGUAAUUCUAGCAUUGUACUUUUAUCACGUAGCAAGCUUGUUAGAGUGUCUACUGCAAAAAGCUCGUCGAGAACUUCUUUACAGUAUCAACGUAAAUCAUCAAAAUAUAUGGAGAUAAAGGGAAAAAAAUGUGAGACAACAUCGCAGAAAGUCAUGAAAAUGAAGCCAUUAAUAAAUAAUACAUUACAAUCUACAAGUAUAAUAACUAAUUUGUCAAAAUCAAAUAUUAAUAAAUCUAAUAACAAAUCUAAAGUAACUAAAUAUAAAAUAGAUAGAACUGCAUUACAUAUAUCAAAAGUUAAAGAAAGGCCUUUAGAAAUGGCAAAAGUUAUAAGCGACACAAAGAAACUUGUUACUAUUGGUGGUAUUGUCUAUAGAGCUUCCAAAAAUAAAUUAAUUCGAAGAAACUCUUUAUUGAAACGAAAACGAUCAAUCAGUGGAAAAAGUGAUAAGCUUGGUGUUAUUCUUCAUGAUAAAAAACAACGAACGAGCAAAGAAACUUUAAAUCGCACAUCAGAAACGGACAUUGUUAAAAAAACAAGAUAUACUUUCAAUGUAAUUCCGAAAACCACUUACAAAAAUAGUAUCAGUAACAAAGCGAAACAAAGAAGCAUACGAAUUUUACGAAAUAAAAUGCACAAGAAUAAUCAGCCUUGCUUGAUUUUUCAACGAUUUGGAUCUUGUCCAAACCAUAAAAAUGGAAAAUGUCCUAAACGACAUGAUAAAAAACAGGUGUCACUCUGCAAAAAUUUUCUACAAGGAAAGUGUUUUUUGAACAAAUGUUCUUUAUCUCAUGAUGUUGGACCUGAAAAGAUGCCUACAUGCAAGUACUUUCUCGAUGGCUGUUGCACAAGAGAUGCCUGUCCUUAUCUUCAUGUUAAAGUGUCUUCAAACACUUCAAUCUGCAUUGAUUUUUUACAAGGAUAUUGUGCUAAGGGAAAUAAGUGCCAACGACGCCAUGAGUAUCUUUGUCCUGAAUUUAACAAGUCGGGGAAUUGCAGCAAAGGUGAGUGUUGUCCUUAUCCUCAUAAAUCGCAUUCCUCUAAUUCCGAAAAAAGCGCUAAGUACUUGAACAAGACGCAUGAUGCGCAAAAAUAUCAUGCCACACUUGUCACAGAAAGUAAUUCUGAGAUCUCAAACUCGGAAAGCAGAUUAAGAUAUUAUGAACUAACUAAUAGUUUAUCUGAAGAAUUUGAAAAAAAGAAAGAGAUUCCAAUUAUCGAUCCUGUAAAGCAGAUUAACGUUAACGAAAUUAAACAAGAUAAAUCUUUAAUGAAAAACAACCAAGGUGAAUUAGAGAUAACGGUUUAUGAUCGUGAUAAUGUAAAAAAGAAGAUUUCUAUUGGCGGUUAUAUCCCUAUUGAUCAUCUUUAAUUAAUAUUUGUAUACAUUAAUUUUUUAGUAAAUCUUUUAAGUUAAUUUAAGAUCGUAACUAUUAUAUUAAAUCAAAGCAAUUAUUUCAUUUAAAGCAUAUGUAUCAUUUGAAGAUCUCAUAUUUUUAACGAUUAUUAUGUAUUUGCUAUGAAAUUAUAGAGAUCUUUCAUAUAGUUAUUUAAAAUCUAAAUUAAAUUUAUUAUCGUUUUCUAUUUUGAUGAAAUUUUUUAAUGAACAGAAUACUAUUACAUUCUAUUAUAAAUUAAUAACUUUCAUAUGUAACGUUAAAUAUACGAGUACUCGACAUGCUGUGAUAUAUCAAGUAUUGAUAUCUGGAUAUAUCUAGAUCUAGAACAUUGUUACCCCAACGGUCGAUUAUCUCGGAUAUAUUAUAAAUACAUUACAAAUAUUUAUAUUACAAAUUGUAAAUAUAUAUUACAAAAAUACAUAUAAUAAAAAAUAAUUUAUCAUUUCACAAA